UUGGUGUACGUAAUUUUUUCAAGAUAACCGAGCAGGGGCGGAUUACAAAAUUUCUUGACCUGAGGCUAUGUGUAUGCUUCGGAUUUCGGACCAUCUCGCGAUGAAUGGUGAUGGUGCUUGUAAUCUCAUUCAUGAAAGACGUUUUAAUUGAAAUUCGACUUUAAGCCAAGGCUCCUUUAUGGUCAUUUUAAAAACUGUGAUCCGUAUAGAUUUACUGGAACAGAUACCCUACAUAGCCGUAUCAGCAGUAGAGUACAAAAAUCGCGUCCCGAACCUAGGCCCAAUUAUAAGCGAACAUCUUCUUCCGAUAGUAGUCAAUAAUUUAGGCGAUAAGGACAAUCAAAUACGAAAGACCGCUCAACUGUCGCUGUUUUUCCUCCUGGAAAAAAAUCUCGUUACGAGAACGCAAGCCGAAAUUCAAGUUUGCCCGGCGGUGCUGGGCCUUUCGAAUUCGGACACUUUAAUGGAUUAUCACACGGGAUCGAUCACGCUGAUGAGUCGGUUAGUUCCAUUUUUGGGGAGGGAAGUGACCGAGCGAGUAUUUCUUCAACGUUUUUCCCAGUUAUGCAUGAGUAACAUGUUUUGCGUUCGCAAAGUGUGCGCCUCACAUUUUGGCGAUUUUUGCGCAGUUAUCGGAAAAGAAGCCUAUGAUAACGUGUUGUUACCAUCGUACUUAAAUCUUUGCGCAGAUGAGAUUUGGGGCGUAAGAAAAGCGUGCGCCGAAGUUAUAAUAUCGGUCUCCAGCGCGUGUUCCUCGGCGAAACGACGAAUGUCAUUAGCGCCGGUGUUUGCCAAAUUACUGCAGGAUCAGAGUCGUUGGGUGCGCCUGUCUGCAUUUGAGUCAUUAGGACCAUUUAUAUCUACUUUCGCGGAUCCCACGAGUACGAGACUGGCAUAUAAUAAUGUCGGGGAAUUAGUUCUGGUUAACACGGAUGGUACUGAAUUUAGGAUAACUCCUUCAUAUUCUGAAUCAAACAUUUUAAGGUCUGUGAAUGAAUUGCACAUGUUAUUUAAAGAAGAAGCAAAUAAAGAUCCGACGCCCUUAGACUCAAUAUGGGAUCUAAUGGAGGAUCCUUCAGAAAACGCCGAACCAACGCCAGGUGAAUCGACGACAGAAUCCAAAAUACAGAUUGCCACAGAUCCUGUAACGAAAGCGUCUGCGGACGCAAACACAAAGACUGGUGCAAGUGUAGAUAUCAACAACGUAUUUGAUGUUCAAUCUUUUGAUAACUUAUUGAAAUGCCUCGAUGAAACUGUUUCGAAUUGGGAUACUGAACCGAAUGUGGCAGCACAGGAUCCAUUUGAGGACUGGAAGGCUUCAAAUAAAAACGCAGAAUCAAAUGAUGAGGUUAGACAUAGUAAAACAGAGAAUGAAAAUUGUGACAUUUCCAAGUCUAGAAAUAGAGCAGAAAAUGUUGACAAUUACAAUUCGUACAACUAUUGGUACGUCAGUCCUAAUAUGCCUUUAGAUCCUAAAAUUGUAAACGACGAAUCGGUCUUGCGCAAUGUCGAUCAUGCUAGUACACAAUCCACCAAGGAAGAUUUAAACUACUCCAUUGAAUUUCUUACUAAACCAUCUCCUUCUCAAUUAUUAGAAAAUACACACAACACCAUACCUACAAACACACCAAACACUGAAGAGAAAAUAAUUAGCGAUGCAUCGAAGAAUUGUGAAAAUUUCACAAGUAACGAAGAACAUCCCCAACAGGCCAUCGUUCCCCAAGUCCUGAUUGACCACUUUGUGUCAAUGACUGAUUCUAAUUUAGCUCAAGAAUCUAAUAACGAAAUGGCGUACCAUUGCGCCUACUCCUUGCCGGCCGUUGCGUUGACACUAGGAAGUGAUAACUGGCAUUUAUUGAAGAAUACGGUGGAAGUUUUAGCUGCCAACAUGCAAUAUAGAGUUAGACGCACUGUUGCAAGUAGUUUAUACGAAUUGGCUGUGAUAUUAGGCCCAGAUAUAGCGACAAAUAGUUUAAUGCCAAUAUUCGAAGGUUUUAUUCGGGACUUGGAUGAGGUACGAAUAGGAGUUUUGAAACAUUUAGCCCAUUUCUUAAGGUUGAUCAGUCCUACCAUAAGAAAUUUCUAUUUACCAAGACUGGAGGGCUUUCUUCUAACUGACAACGAAACGAAUUGGAGGUUUCGACAAGAGCUGGCGGAACAAUUACUGCUCGCUGUGCCUUUAUUUUGCCCAAGAGACGCCUGUAAACAUAUCAGUUUUUUGGCUCAAGAAUUACUGUGUGAUAAAGUUGCCGCUGUACGAGAAGUUGCAUUAUUAUUAGUUACCGAAUUAAUUCGUCACAUGUCAUCCGAUCCGGCACGGACGUCCCGUCUACUAGUUAAAUUAGAUGAAAAAUUCGCACAUUCAAAAAGAUGGAAAUUGAGGCAGUCGUUUGCGUUACUCUGUUCUAAAUUGUUAACCUCUUGCGCGUUACCGCCUGAACAGUUUGCAAAUGAGGUGAUGCCACAUUUUCUGGAUUUGAGUUGGGAUCCUGUCGCUAACGUUCGACUGGUGGUGGCCAGAACUAUUGCUCAACAUAUUAUUACAAACGAGUAUUUCUCAGAUCCCAACAAUGCGCAUUUUGAUGGUUUACAAACCGUUUUACGAAGGUUACAAGCCGAUAAAGAUCGCGAUGUACGAGACUGUGCUGGUUUUCACCUUUCGACUGUGGUGCAACGGGUAGUGCCCGCUAGCUCGCUUCUUUGAGCGUCGGUGAUCAUUCACAGCAUACCUGAAUAAAGUGCAAUUUUGAUCAAGUAUGUUAGUGUAGCAUUCUGGAUUCCAAUCUUUGGAGUUAAUAGUAAGUCUAAAAGUAUUAAUUUUCUCUAUCCAGCUAAAAAAAAAUUGAAAAUUUUUGUAUUUAGUAUUAAUUAUCUUAUGAUUUUAUUGUAAAUGUUUUAUACUGUAAAAUAUCUAUAGACUUUAUUUGUG